GAUGUUUUCUCUUGAAUCUUCAGCAGUGGCGCUCAAACUCCUCUCUCUCUCUCUCUCUCUGAUCCCUCACUGAGCGCAUCUGAACCAACAACAGCAUCAGCCUCAUCAUCCUCCAGCACUUCUCUAGUGUCUGGCCCUUCACUGAAGACAUGACGGCAGACGACGGAUCUAUAAACCACCGUUGAGGAUCAGGUGUCAUGGAGUCUCUCUUCGGGGGUCAGCUGGGCUUGUUGGGGGGCAGCGAGGGUCUGAAAGAAGACGGCUGCGGGGUGGGCUGGUCCAACUCUCCCUUAUCAGACGACAUGUAUUCGGCCUCCCAAUUCGCCCUCAUCAGUGCCUACCAGGACAUCAAGACCCGACUGGCUGGCCUCGAGCGAGAAAACGCAGACAUCAAGCGAAAACUCAAGAUUUAUGAGAUAAAGUUCCCCAUGAUAAGCGAGUUUGGAGAGGACAGAAACUCCUACUGCUCCUUCGAGCCCAAAGACACAGCACUACUUCAGUCAGAGAAUGGCAGUCUGCAACAGAGAGUCAACAUGCUGACCCUCGAGCUCCAAAAGAGCAAAGAGCGUGAGGAGCAGCUUGAAGAUGUCAUUCAGGCUUAUGAGAAGAUCCACAUGGAGAAGUCCAGCCUUCAGCGAGACCUGGACAAGAUGACGUCUCUAGUGGAGAAACACGUCGAGCGGAUCCACGGUUUAGAGGCGGCUUUGAGGCAGAGGGAAAGCUCUCUACACAAACUCAACACACAGCUACACAACAAAGACAUGCAGUAUCUGCAACUGCACAGCCCUGACUCGCAUAUGCUGGACUGCCCCAUGACCCUGCAGAGCUCCCGCAGUCUGGACACCCUCUCUGACCUCAAACUGCAGCGUUUGGAGGCGGAGCUAGAGGGGGCGAGGCAUGAGGCUCAGGGGGCGUGUCAGAGGGAGGAGGAGAUAAAGGCUGAAUGCGAGAGACUGAGGGAGGAGCUGAGGGAACUGCAGAGCAACCACAGACAGAGGGACGUGAGCUCCACAUGUGGACAGUGUGAUGUGGAGUGGAUAAAGAAAGUUGGAGAUGAACAAGUAAAUCUUGCUUUGGCUUAUACUGAACUAACAGAGGAGUUGGGCAAGUUGCAGGCUCUGACCUCAAAACAGACUGAGAUACUGCGGAAAGCCUCACAGGAGCCGGCAAGCCCAGUUCAGCGCCACUCUCCUGUCCCUCACCAGAGGCAUUCGCCCGUUCCACAGCGCCAUUCUCCAAUCCAACAGCGCCAUUCCCCCAUCCAGCAGCGUCACUCCCCUGUGCCCCAGCGGCGCUCCCCUGUGCUGCAGCGUCUCUCUCCGGACAUGCACCGUCGCUCGCCCCUACCUGAACUCAGUGACGGCCCUGCAUCCUAUUCCUGCAGGCCUACUUCCCAUCACCUGAGGGCCAGUUUCCAGGGAAGACGCAGUUACUCUGAAGUAGCUGAUCCAUCAGCUUAUCAACGUCCUCCACGGUUCACUCUGGACCCGGUGUCCACCCUGCCGAAACCUCGACCAUACGUUGACAGCUACCACAAGCAGCAGCAGCAACAGCAGCAGCAACAACAACAGCAACACGGAGGAAGCCAGCACAUGUUAGUUCAGAGACAGAGCUCUCAGUCUGGGGUUGGAGGCGAUGGGGGAUUGGUUGAAACUCCACGGCUGUCCAGGGAGUUAUCUUUCCACCACUCAGAGGUGUCCCACUUGCAUUUCGAUCCUCAACCCAGUCCAGCGCCUCUGCAUUCAUCCCCACAGCCUCCGCAGUCUUCAGAGGAUGAGGAGGAGUGGUCCUGCCCUCAUCCAAUCAGUCCUCCGCGAACACUAGGGGUGUCGAGUCCCUCAUCGAGCUCCAGAGGUCCAGCCUCUUGUUCAGCAUUCCCUAUUCCUUCCCGUCCCAACACCCUAAGCUGCCACCCACCUGGAUACCUGCAUGCAGAGCACGCCCAGUCUUGGCCAUCUAUCAAUCUGUGGAUGGAGACGGAGGAGGAGGGUGAUGUCAGGAGCUGCCCAUUGUGCCAGCUAAUCUUUCCUGUUGGUUACCCUGAUGAUGCCUUGAUCAAGCACAUUGACUCGCACCUGGAGAACAGCAAGAUCUGACACCCACAGCCAUGUUAUGACCUUCUGUUGUUCCACAGUUACAUUCAUUCGCCGCUCCUGGUAUUUUUAGCUGGGUGCCUUCAGACAGAAUGUAGGCGAUGCACCUGUGGCCAGUCUUUCAAUUUGAUAAGUGAAACGAAGAUCAAUGACAACCUACGCAACUCAUAUCUCUAUGUAUUUUGCUUUUUUUUUUUUUUUUAACAAAUGUCUUGCAAGAUUGUACCAUCUUAAACACCAAUUAUCAGCAAUUACACACACUAAAUAGACACUCCAAAUGAGCGUAUUGCAAUAUAAAGGCUCAUUUUCUACGCUUCUGGCGACAAUUCCCAUGAUUAUUUGCUUUUCGACAUAUAUCGUGAUACAUUUUAUGAAAACUGAGAUGUUAUGAGGAUGCUGUAUGGGAUGAUUUUGAGGAAAUUUUACACACACGGCCAAUGGUUGCAUCAUCUGAAUUUCAGCACUUUAUAUAAGCACUUAAUAUCCAGUUUACCUUUACCAAUACUACUAACACUGAGGCAAAAAAGUAAAACCUAACAGAUAUUAUUUAUUUUUUAAUAUUCCAGGGUGUCACCCUUAAAAAUAUAUCUUAGUUUGGCAGGACUUCCCUUUAAAAAAACUGGAUUAUUUGUAAGUAUCUGUAAAUUCACGCUCACAUCUAUUUUGUUGGUCUUCCGGGGUGUUUGGAUGUACAAAAAGGGGAGUUUCUUUUUUUAUUUAUUAUUAUUCUAAUGUAUAUAAUGAUUGCAGCUCUGUGUUUCAGCCAAACACUGACAAAACACCAGUUACUGUUGUUUCUAAAGACAGUAAUACUGUGAUUCCAGGAGUACACUAGGACGAUGGAUGGUUUAAUGAAAUUUUAAUGUAAUUACCUAAGAAAAAUUGUAAAACAUCACAGGGCGCAAUCAGUUUUUUUAACAUACUGUAAAUGUAUACAUGCAUUUAAGGUCAAUUAUAUGUAUUAUUAACCUGUAAAUUCAGCUAUAUAAUAUAGAUAUGCAUUUUGCAAGCAAACAAACUGCUGAAUAUUAAAAGAAAACUAUUGGAUCUGCUAAUAAGUUGUUUUUUUUCCAUUCGCUGUAAUCCAAACAAUAAAGUCACCUUGCUGAGUAUUUAAUUUGCUAGCUAUCUUAUUAUUCCAUAUUCUUCGAUGUGUACCCUAUGCUAUAAAGUCUUCUUUGUAGUUACUUUCCCUGAUUCAAAACGGGGCGCUGGAUAUGCUACUAACCCAAAUGCAGAGGAACUAAUUUGGGAAAGUAGCACAAAGAAGUCAGUCAUCGCUGGUGCACAUGUGCGAAAUUACAAAGCCAAAUAUAGCAAACAGCAAUGAGAAGCUGUAAGUGUCUGUCUUAUAAAUGAGUGGAGGAUUCGUCCAACUGGUCAUUUAAUAUAAUGUGAAAACUGCUAAUAUUCUGGAAGAAACCAUAACUGAUGUUGUAAAUAUGAAUUGUCUAUUAUAUCACCAUUGAAUAUACCAUACUAAAGGCUUAAAAAAAAAGUAUGGUACGGAUAUAACUGCAACUGAAAUACCAUCUAUACAACCAAAGACACAGACUGCUUGUUUUCUUUUUACACAUGUUCACUUUAAAGCAUAUUUUGUUGAAAUAUGGACCAUUUUUAAAGGAAAACCCCUGUGAAAUUAGUGUGCGCAGACAUGGAGCUUGCAACUGGAGUGUAAAGACGAUCAAUUACUGCAAAAAUCACACAAAAGUUUCCAUAUACAGUAUUAACUUGUCUUGCACCCUUGUUCAGAAUAAAAGCAAAGUAAAUCUUCAGCCACUAUUCACAAAGAUUCGCUCAGGAGUUAUUUAAAGAGCUACUGCCGUUUCCUUGCUCCUCAAGACAGUGUUUUUCUCAUGGCAAAUUAGAAACUGAGUGCUUCUCUGGAUGCUCAAAGUACAUGGUCGCUCUGUUGCCCUGCAGUUUGGUGUGUGACUUUUUGUGAUAUUUUUAAAUAACUCAGGGGAUAAAGCUUUGUGAAUAUGGCUCCUGGACCAUACACGACUGGCCUCCACAGAAACAACGGGACAAAUCGCCAAAUAUUAAAGAGCUAAGAGGACACUAAUGGGGUAGAGAUAUUUUGUUAUAGGAACAAUGUACUUUAAAGAAAGCAGAAAAAAGAUGAUAAAAAGACACUAAAGUGAAUGCAUAUUGUGUCAAAAACUCUUCUGUAAAUAUUAUGAAAUAAACUGGAACAUGCACUGA